CGAAGCGAACUGCCUUUUUCCACUGCGGUUCCCGCGAGCUGAUCGAUGUGUGCGAGUCCCCCUAGAUUAGCUCGCCGCGCCAUGUCUGACGAUAGCGACGGGCAGAGGCAAUGCCGCCGGAGCGGCGGCGUCGUCGACGUCCACGAGCUCAACGCCGCCAUGGCGCUGGCAGACAUGGCCGGCGUCGGGACAGCUCCUCAGGUUACGCCGACGGCGGCGGAGCGCGAGGACGAGGAGGAGGAGCUGGCGAGCACGAGGCUGAGCCUUGAGCUGGGGAGGGUCGGCAUCCAGUCGUCUCCCUGCUCCAGCAGCUCCAGCGGGCACCCUCCUCACCCUGCACAGCAAUCGCAGGCGGACCCGGCCGCGUCGACGGCGGCGCCGGGCUACGGGCCCCGGCACAUGCUCACCGAGGCCGAGAAGGAGGCCAAGCGGCUGCGGCGCGUGCUCGCGAACCGGGAGUCUGCUCGGCAAACCAUACUCCGCCGCCAGGCGAUCCGGGACGAAUUGGCGAGGAAAGUCGCAGAUUUAUCGUCGCAGAACGAGAACAUGAAGAAGGAGAAGGACAUGGCGAUGCAGGAGUACCUCGCGCUCAAGGAGGCAAACAAGCAGCUGAAAGAACAGGUGGCAGGGACGACGAAUAAAGCGCCGGCCGCGACACCGGUGACCACGGCCAUGCACGCGGCACCGCCGACGCUGCAGGCGGAAGGCAUGACGGCGUCCACGGCCACGCCGCCGCAGCCGAGAUUACUGUACACCGCGGCGCCGCCGCCCGCGGUGCCGGUGCCCUACGUCUGGGGCUCCUGGCCGCCCCCGCCCGGGUACGAGCACGGCAGCCAGCCGGGGCCACCGCCAGGGCUCUGCCUGCCGCCCUGCGCCUGGUACUACCCCGUCGUCGCGGACCGGCUCGGCUCGCCGUCGUACCCGCAGCAGCAGCAGCCACUCCAGGACCCGCGCGCCGCCGCGGGGCCGGCGAGCCCAGCCGGCGGCGGCGCGACGGCCGAGGACGACACCGACGACGACCCGUGCUCGCUCACGCUCGCUAUCGACGUCGACAAGAGGAGCGCGCCGGUCAGCACAGAGGCCGGCGGCAGCCGCGCGGUGGGACAGCAUCAGGGCCCAGCGAGCGACAGGGACAAGGCGGCGACGGCGGCGAAGGCGAGGAAGAGGAGGAAGGAGCUGACGAAGCUGAAGCACGUGCACUCUGCCAGCCGGGCCCCGGCUGGCGAGUAGUGGUAGGCGUACCUCCUCCGACGGCAGCAUUGGUAAUGGCGGUGGUUGUGAUGACUCGAUUGGUUUUCUCGGCGGCGAAGAAACACUAAAACUGAUGGUCGAUCUGUUCUUUCGAUUGCUUCAUGUCUUCUUUCGUUUAGCUAGGCGGGGUUUGUAUUUUGAUCAUGUUCUGAAGCCCCAAGGCAUAGGAGAAACGUUUCUCGUUUUCUGUUUUUGCUAUUCUUUGGUGCCGCCAUCUGUAACUGAAGAAACAAGUAGUAGCUGCUAGCAGUCCGACGGUGUACCAUGAUACCAUCGAAGGUUCUCCAUGUGUAAUGUAACGAUUCUUUCUGUAGGAUUUUUAUACCAGCAAUAUUAAAUCACUGUAAUGUCGUCUUGUAGA